AUGGCAGCCUCGGGCCAGCUUCCCCCGGAUCAGGAUCUAGAGGACGAUAUUUCCAUCACUUCGACCAUCGAGGAAGCAUACGACUCGGAAGAAGAGUUCACCGUGCUGCGCAUCCUCGCCGAACGCUCAUGUCAGAACCACAACUACUAUCUGGUCGAGUGGGAGGGCUGGCCACUGGAUGAGGCUACCUGGGGUCCGGAGGAGGACUUCAAAGACGAGACGCUAUCAGAAUGGGAAGAAAUCAAGAAGUCUACGGGGAGGAAAACGGCUGUGGGUUUCCGUGUUCAGGACUGGAAGGAUGCACUCCUAGAGUCCAUUCGACAAAGGCGCGACCGCCACGACCGCCGAAACAGGAAGCGCAUCUCACAAGGUUUGAUGCCAACCGACUUCUACGACAGUCGACAACAUGGCCUCGAUAUCAUCGAAGAAACCAUGGACGAGGUCAUGGACCCGGACGACGACCAACCUCCGGUCGAGCAAUCGGCUGCCUGCGACGACGACGGCAGCAGCAGCUCAGAUGAUCUGACAGUGCUCGACACGCUGCGUUCGUCACAUCAGAGUCUAACGCAGCAAACUAAACCGAAACAGACUACUCAGGACGCCGCUCGCCCCCGAUCCAAAGAGGUGAGAGCCGUCAGUGCUUCGUCUUCAAAGCAGAAGCGUGCCAGCAGCGACGAGGCCAAAAGUGCAGAUGCUCCACAACAAAGGCCAGUGACGAAGGUGUCACAGCCUCCGGCAAAGCUGCUCAAGCCAUCUGCAACGGCGGCGAAAUCAGAUUCGGCAAAAUCAUCAGGAUCUCUGCGCAAAGACACUUCUAGUAUUCACAAGAAGUUGCUGCCAGCUCGGCCCUUAGCCACCCAAGACAUGUCUGCUUCCGUGUCGACUCGUACCGCGGCAAAUCGGCCAACUGCUAGCGUCAGAUCUCCAGAGGAAACCGUGAACGUAUUCGCCGGCGGCAAAGUAAGGAAGCCCCGGAAGAGACUCUCGGAAGUUGUGUCCGAUACAACGAAGGAGCCCCAGCUAUUGAGGCUUCGGCUUCAGAACCUCGCGCAGAAACAACUUAGGGACAAUGAAGGCACCCGUGCUCCGAGCCUCCAGCUUCCUUUGAGGACCAACACUCCUCCAUCAACGCGGCGAAGUUCUGCACCCGAUGUGUCACAGUCCAGCGUCAACGUGGACAGGGAAGCUGAAGUGCAAGCACUGAGUACCACUCGCCGAUCCAGUCUGGGAUCCAGUCUACCGACAAGCUCCAGCGUUCACGAGAAACAGUCGAUUAGAAAGUCGGUGGACUCCAAUGAUGAUCAGAGGCCCCCGAAAAGGGCACGAACCGUGCAUUUCGAUAUCGAACCCGGAGCGAAAGUCACUGAAGGCUAUGACGAGUAUGAGAGCCUGUUCGUCGAACAAGAUGACUCCAUACCGGACGUGGAUCAACAAGUUGCAGACCCCGAACCCGAGCAGACCGAAGCAACAUCCGCUCCAAAUUCUGGCCCUCCCACGCUCCCAAUUUUGCCGCCGGUUCGCAAGGAGUGCCGUUUUGGCUCGGGAGCGGCACAAUCCUUGGGCAUGAACUUUGUCGGUGUGCCCGUCGAGGAGACACAGGCUCCGUGGGCUGCUCAUUUCAGAGGCGAGAAUGAGCUCAUUUUUUCACACUCUUGCAUGUCACGGGACUUCUUAGAUCCUGUCUGCCCGCAUGGCGAGGAGCUGUGUCGCGGUUACGCCGAGGGAGUGUCGAUGUCAGAACAGCUGGAUGGCAUCACGAACGAUAUCAAAAUCGGGGCGCUCGGCCUUCUGUGCCACCUAGGAGAGUUUUACGCCAUAUUGUUCUCCUCCAGAUCGGAAGAGUGGUCUCAGAUACAAAGCCGAGGAUGCCCAAAGGGAGACUCGGUGCUAGGCUUUGUCCUGUUCAAGUCGGAGCCCUGCUUGAACCCGAUUAUGCUUGCGCCCUUCACAUACAUGACUGAAAAGCAGUCUGGUUCGCCGGCACUUUCGCCUGAGGAGCGCAUCCCUACCGUGGAUCUCGUCUUCAGAUCCACGCCGAGCCAGCUACUCCCACCGGUGUCUCAUCAAGCCCAGGAGACCUCGUUCUUCCUGGCGUUUCCACCGUCGGCGGAACAAGAAGCAAUCUUCAUAUCACAAUGGUUGAAGUCCUCAACUGCUCUCUGCAACGUCAAAUCCAGCUUGAAGCCAGGUGAUUGGUCAAGUUUUGUCGACCAGAACUCUGGAGUUGUGGUGAUCCACGAAAAGGCAUUCUCAGCCAUUAGGUCCUUUCCACACUUGGCCGAUAUGCUCCAUGCCUCCAAGUCUAACUUCUUGUUCUGGCUUUUCCGUCGGCCCCUUUUGUCAAUGGAAAGAUUUCCGCAGAUGGAUCCGGCUCUUCGCGCCAUCAGCACCGAGCUUUGCCCCAUACUACGUCCAGGGACGGCCAUCCUCGUCACACCGAGCUUUCUGGUUUCGCAGCCCCGGCAAGCGUACAACUUCUUCAAAUGGGGCUUCCAAAACUUCUCUCAGACAAGUCAAUCUUACUACCCGGGAAAGUUGGUGGUGUGCGCUGGCAUUGAAGACUACAUCUUGGGCCUGGCCAAGGAGAAGGCCGAGCUGUGCUCAAAAAAUCGAACCGCCAUCAAGUGGGACAUGGAAGCCUAUAUGAAGAGCUGGAGGCUUGUCCGUGAGCUCAUGUCAGAGUCAGUUGAGACAACCGACGGCCGCGUGGUUCUCGCGCCGGACGCCAUAGAUGGCAACGACGAACAAAGCUUGGUCAACUGGUUCGGAUGGUGGUCUAUGGAGCACAUCGACCAAGUGAGGAGAUUUACAGUUCUUGGCUCAAGUAACCAGCGUCAUGAUCGCAUGACCAGACUCAUCCGACCUGGAUGUUUCGAGCACUCGAUCCAGUGCCAGAAGGAAGUGGCUCAUGACGAUGGCCGCGAUCAGCCUCAAUCAUUCCAGUUGGUCUACAACGACGAUGGUGUCGCCAUUGGCGAUUUCCUCAUGCAGGUGGACGAGGCAGCCCGUCAUAUGCCGUUCUGUCCAAUCGCAUUUCAUACGUCUCCAGUGUCAUAUUGGCACGCCGACAUGGCGUGGCACUUUGGCGACUACACUUCAAAGUUCCACACUUACACAGUAUGGUUCAAGAAAUUGACCGACUUCCUGGCUCCUAGGGGAAAGCCGGAGCCGAAGGGCAGGGUCAAUACAUUCUGCGGGUUCUUUUACACCAUUGAGGGGGCUUGGGACGGCCAUACGCACCUCGGGAGUGGCAAAUCCAACAGUCGUCGGCCGUGGGUGGCCAUAUUUCGCCCAGUCGACCUACACAUCAAGCCGUGGAAAUCCACGGAGUUGCUUCUAUGGGAUCUCAAAGCACACAGCAAGGCUUCGGCAGAUGCCUCAUUGCAUGUGACCGAUCUUAUAGACGCCCAACAAGCGCUUGUGCAGAUGGUGAAGGCUCAAAGUAGGAUACAUGUGCUGCCACUAUCGCGGGUCUGGCUGGGCGGCAUACCUGCUGGGGAUUCAGCGGACCAGAACGCGCAUCCGCUCGACAUCACACUCGAUUGGUUGUCCAAGGUUCGUGACAAUGUCAGGCAGCGGGUGCCAUUGCCAGCGGCCAAGCUCAGGGAACAGGGGUGGAAACAGGUACAAGCUUCAGAGAUGUCGAAGGAACCGCCUACUCAAACUUUGACGCGGGCGGAGGUGGAAGACAUGGAGAUGAAAGACGCGGGCCUGACCGACGACGAAGUGGAAGUCGCCACGAAGAAGACCAUUUUCCACCCGCCGUCUGUGCCCGGGAAGCAUCCUGGAGCACGCGGCUCAAGGAACCUGCUGUAUGCGUGGGCCGAAGCCAAGUUGAAGGCUGGAGAGCGUGGCAAAUGCGAGUAUACCUUCCAACCGACGACUCAGUGGUAUCGUGAGCAGCUACAGGAAGGCCGCGGGUUCCGCCAUAUUCAGGUCUCCAGCUGGGAGCCUGUGUUUGAGCGCUACGCCAUCGACGACCCUAAGAAGGUCUGA